UGCAGACCUCAUGGAAAAUAACCGGACCACACUGUGUUUUUGAACUUAAACCUUCUCUUGUACAAAGUGCACCUCUCAUCCUGGCUCAAGAUCACACCCCAAACUGUGCCGAUCAUGGACUGAGUAACUCCAGUAGCUCGCACCGUCCUCACGUGAAUCUGAGGUGAUUGGUUAACUUCCACCAAUCGUGGCUGCUCCAGGUGAUGACGUCGUUCUCCUCGUACGUCAAGAGGUCAGAGCUGUUCCACAGAUGCUCUGUCUCCUCUCACAGGAAGAAGGUGAUCUACAUCAUCCUGCUGCUCAUCAACCUGACCUCCAGUGUCUGUGGAACAUUUGUAGUCAAUGUGACACAGACCUCCUAUCAGGCAGAGGAGAACCACAACAUCACACUGGAGUGGAUGUUCACCACCAAACCUGGCAGCUCCCUCCACUCCCUUUAUAUCUACUGUGAACUGUUAACUGAUCUCAGACCAUCAGUCCUGUUUCAUCUACAUGGAGGUGUUGAGGUCCCAGAGUCUCAGGAUGAACAGUUUACAGGACGAGUCCAGUGUGACAAAGACGUCCUCAGAGAGGGACGACUCAGACUUCAUGUGUCCAGACUCAGGACUGAUGACUCAGGACUGUACAUGUGUCAAGUGUUCACACGUUAUGGCGGCAGCACUGCUACAUGUCGGCUCAAUGUCACUGAGCCAAAGUCAGCUCAGAAAACAGAAACACCACUGCAACCCAUCAGUCUACAAACGUCUGAUCCAACGGAAGACAAAGACGUUAAAAGUGGGCUGUCUAGUCGGAGCAGAGUGAUCCUAAUUGUGGUUUUCUGCAUCUUGCUGGCGAUCAUAGUUGUUGGAGUCACAGGAUAUUUGAUACACAAGUAUCGAAAACGGGAGGACCUGUAGUCUAAGUGGUUUCCCUAAGACUACAUUGGUGGUUCAUAGAGAUGAGAACACUACACACCUACCUUGCCUGGAUUUUUCCCUGUUAAUUUGAGGAGUCAGACCCGUCCAGUCACAGCUGGACACAGUGGACCUGCAGGAGGGAGGCUUUUAUAGUAUGAAGGGAAGCACUCUACUGCUAGAAAAUCCUGUUCGUUUCUCUGAUUCAGGCUCAAAGUUUCACCCCUGUGCUGAUGACAGAAACAGCAGUAGCUCAGUCCACAGAAUCAUGGGUUGGGAACUGGAGGGUCGCUGGUUAUAGUUGCUAUCUGGACCAAAUAUGGAGCCUGGACUGGUAGUGGAAAUUGAAUGGAACUUUUAACUUCACAGGCAAUCAUAAACGCCAUGAAAAGACAGAGGGUGUGGGCACAUCCACAUUCACAGGAAUGGUGGGAUGGUGUUGUUCCUGGCUUCGAUGACGACAUGUUCAUAUGGAGCUUUCGGGUGUUGCGGGAGUCCUUCAGUUACAUCUGCUGUUGUCUAGGCCCUGUCCUGCACCACGAACUACUGUCUGCCCAUGCCUGUGAAUAAACGGAUUGCCAUCGCCCUGUGGAGACUGGCCACCAACAAUGAAUACAGGAGUGUGAGUCACCUUUUUGGCGUUGGUAUUUCUACAGUUUGCCGUUGUGUGCAGGACUUCUGCUAUGCAGUCAUAAAGGUGCUGCUUUCUGACCAUAUCAAGACCCCUGAUACCAGAAAAUUGAUUGAGAUGGCUACAUAUUUUGACAACAGGUGGAGGGCACCUCAAUGCGUUGGAGCAAUAGACAGCAGCCACAUCCCCAUCUUAGCACCUGAAUUGUUCCCACGUGACUUUUAUAAUAGAAAGGGAUGGCACUCCAUUAUACUACAAGGUGUUGUUGAUGGCAAGGGUCUGUUCUGGGAUGUGUGUGUAGGCUUUCCUGGUAGUGUACAUGAUGCACGCGUGCUGAGACAGUCCCAUUUCUGGGAAAUUGUGGGAGAUGGACAGUUUUUCACACAACACACUGUCAAUAUUGCUGGACAUGACAUAGGACACUACAUAAUUGGAGACCCUGCAUACCCACUGAAAUGCUGGCUGAUGAAGCCUGUUUUGGAUACCGGCCGACUGACCCAGGAAAAACACAACUACAAUGCAUAUUUUUCUUUGCCACUCCAUAUGCAUCCAGCUCUAUAUUUAGUUAGUUAUUGUGUACUGUUUUUUGAUGUUGAGAGAGAAGUGGCAUUUAUGUUGGCAAAGUUCUUUAUUGACAGAAUGUCUCUUUUACACUGCCUUUGUUUCAGAAUAAUUGAAAAUAAAAACUGACAGCAAAG